GUUGAUCUAAAUAGCACUUUGUCCUUCCUAACCAGGUGAUCUACAAACCAAAAUAUUCUACCCACUUUGGCUGUAUAAUAAUGGCUAGAGUUUCCUCAGGCAUGGCCUUGUUUUUAGUAGCCUGCUCCUUCUACAGCAGCCAAUCGAGUUCAUUUUCAGUUUUUAUGAGAAAAGAAGAGGCAAGCCAAGUUCUGAGGAUUCAUAAACGUGCCAACCAUUUCUUGGAGGAGAUUCUCCAAGGAAAUCUGGAGAGAGAAUGCAUUGAAGAAAAGUGUUCUUUCGAGGAAGCAAAAGAGAUUUUCCAGUCACAGGAGAAAACGGUGGAGUUUUGGUUUGACUACAAAAAUUUAAGCCCUUGUAAAGCAAAUACCUGCAAGAAUGGUGGAGUCUGCAAGGUUAAACACUAUGUAUCUUCCUGCACUUGUCCUCCCAGAUUUGCAGGGGAUCAUUGUGAAAUAGAGAAGUCUGAAUGCUGGUACAAGAAUGGGGGCUGCUGGCAAUAUUGCCAAGAUACUGAAAAGUCGCUUCAAGUGAUCUGCUCCUGCACAACGGGAUAUACACUAAAUGAAGAUGGAAAGAGGUGCACACCAGCAGACCGCUUUCCCUGUGGGUUGGUUAAGAAAUCGACACGCUCCUAUGAGGAAGGAUCAGCUGAACACAACCAAACCGGUGCUUGGGAUAUGGCUGGGGUCAAUCAAACAGUGGCUCAGGAGAACUUGACCAGUGGGAAUCAGACAUUGGCCCAGGCCUCAUUAGUAAGGCUGAAUCUUACAAUGGUACAGGGAGAGACUGAGGAAGAAGUCACUGAAGAGAUGAAGGGGAACUUCACAGAUGGGGACUUUCUCAACUCUGCUGAACUGGCAUAUUUCAGGGUAGUUGGAGGCUCUUUGUGCCACCCAGGAGGCUGUCCCUGGCAGGUUCUGAUCCAAAAUAAGAGAGGUUAUGGUUUUUGUAGUGGCAGCUUAAUCAGCAGUCGAUGGGUGCUCACUGCAGCACACUGCCUGGAUACUGUUACCCCACAUCAAGUUACUGUAGGAGACUUUGACAAACACCAACGAGAACAGGAUGAACAAAAGGUGGGAGUGCGCCAGUACUGGAAGCAUCCUCAGUAUGACUCUGGCAACCUCAACAAUGACAUUGCUUUGCUCUACCUGACCAGUGAUGUUGUUUUCACCCAGAAUAUAGUCCCUAUCUGCCUUCCCAACCCUAAUCUAGCUGCCCUACUGACUAAAGACGGAACAUCAGGAAUGGUUAGUGGAUGGGGUGCUACACAUGCCAAGGGCAGGCUGACUCGUUUCCUGCUGAAGGUCAGGUUGCCUGUCGUGAGCAUAGAGACCUGUAAGCAAUCAUCAGAGAAGCUCAUUACCGACAACAUGUUUUGUGCAGGCUAUGCUGAAGAGGCUAAAGAUGCUUGCAAAGGAGACAGUGGGGGACCUUUCGCUGUGUCUUAUCAUGGCACUUGGUAUCUCUUGGGAAUAGUCAGCUGGGGGGAAGGUUGUGCUGUAUUGGGAAAAUAUGGGGUCUACACACUUGUAUCCAACUAUAUUUCAUGGAUAGAAGAAAUUAUUGGAAGUGCCUGUUUCUGAAGGACUUUUAGGUGCCCUGUAAUAAUAAAAGCUAUGAUUUUUUGCA